UGUGCAGUCAGUCUGCAGGAUGUGGAGAUAAACCCAGCUUCGUCUCUUUAACUCUGGCGUUCCUUCACUUUAUAAACACAACCCGAGGAUCUGGAGCACGAGAACUCACCUGAACCGCCAUCACUGCUACACCUGCUACACACUGGCCAGUCCUGAGGAUGGAGAGUAAGAUGGCCGGGGCCAUGGAGAAGCCGGAGUGUCUGAUCAGCAGCGACUCUGAGGGAAAACUGUGUGUUCAGAAAAAAGCUAAAGAGAUUCUGGAUGGUAUAUCUAAUCCAGUGGUGGUGGUGUCUGUGGUGGGACUCUACCGCACUGGGAAGUCUUACCUUAUGAACCGCCUGGCAGGAAAGCAGGAAGGUUUUGCUCUGGGCAGUACUAUCGAGUCUGAGACUAAGGGUAUCUGGAUGUGGUGUGUUCCACACCCCAAUAAACCAGAUCACACUCUGGUGCUGCUGGACACUGAGGGACUGGGGGACGUGCACAAGGGUAAUGAAAAGCAUGACACCUGGAUCUUCUGUCUGGCGGUUCUGCUUAGUAGCACUCUGGUCUAUAACAGCCUAGGAGUCAUAGACAACAUGGCACUGGAGAAGCUACACUAUGUGACGAAACUGACUGAGAAAAUUAAGGUAAAGGCACAUAUGAAUGAUGAUUAUGACGACUCCGCUGAGUUCAUGCGCAUUUUCCCCUCUUUUAUCUGGGCUGUGAGGGAUUUCACACUUGAGCUGAAAAGAGGAGACCAGACCAUCACAGCUGACGAAUACCUGGAAGGUGCUUUAAAACUUAAAAAAGGUAAUACUGCUUAUGUUGAAAACUUCAACCUGCCCAGGCGUUUUUUGCGCCACUUUUUCGCUGAGCGGCGGUGUUUUGUUUUCCCACGGCCGGCUGAUGUCCCUGACCUGAAGAACAUGGAGAAACUGCCUGAGGAGAAGCUUGACCCACUAUUUCUCCAGCAGUCCAAAGAGUUUUGUAAACACGUCCACAGCAGCGCCAAACCCAAAACUGUCCCAGGAGGGCGCACCGUCAUCGGCAGCGUUCUGGGUGGUCUUGCUGAGGUCUACGUGGAGGCCAUUCGUAGGGGUGAUGUUCCGUGUCUGGAGAACGCAGUGGAGACCCUGGCCCAGAUUCAGAAUGAGAAGGCGGUGGAACAGACCCAGGAGGUCUAUAUGAAGGAGGUUCUGAAGUCUAUCCGGUUACCAAUGGACCCGGCCGAGCUUUCCCGCAUCCACAGAGAAACAGAGCAAAAGGCGGUCAAAUUCUUCAUCAGCAUGUCCUUCAACGACACCAAGCAGGAAGCACAGCUGAAGCUCAUGGGUAAAAUCCAGGCUAAGUAUGAGGAUCUGUGUUAUCAGAACCAGGUUGUGUGUUUGGAAGUGUGUCGUGAGGAGCUGAACAGGGUGUUUGCUCCUCUGGAGGAAGGUCUGAGAGAUAACUCCUUCAUUAAGAAAGGAGGAUACAAGAAGUAUCGGGACACACUCCGGCGCCUCACUGCGGAGUACAGAGAGAUCACACACACACAACACACUUGUGAAGAAGUGUUGACUGAGUAUCUGAAGAAAAAGGAAGAGUAUGGGAAUAUGAUUCUAGCAGCGGAUCUGGGUCUCACUGAAGCAGAUAGGGAGCAAGAAGUGAUACAGCUGAAGAGAGAGGCUGGUGAACAAAUGCAGAAGGUUCUAGAAGAACAGAUCCGGCUGCAGGAGCAGGCGCUCAGUGACCAGGAGAGAACCUACGAGGAAAACGUGACUCGUCUGCUGGAGAGAAUGGAGAGGGAGAGAGAAAGAGCACAGGAGGAUAAUAAACGAGUGCUAGAAGCCAAACUAAAGGAGCAGGAGGCUCUGAUCCAGGAGGGCUUUGAUGAGAAAGCUGAACAGAUGAAGAAGGAGAUUAAAGGUCUAAAAGAGGAGAUGGAGAACAAGAGCAGGUCAAAGCAGUCUACCUUCAGUAAGGUGGUGGAAACCUUUGGCACGGCAUGCCUCUUCAUACCUGGAAUCGCCUCUAAAGUCGUUGGUAUUGGUGCCACAUUACUUUCUAAAUUUCUGUGAGGAACCAGCAACCUGAAGUUCUCUGCAAUGAUGGAGCUCCAUCUGAUACUUCAGGAUGAGUUGGGGAUGAGGGGAGGUGGUGAUCUGGACAGCAGAGACAGUUAUUCCAACAAAAGCGGGAUCAACUUUUUAAAUAUUAUUGAUUCUAUAAUAAUAAUCUUGUUCGUAUAGUGUAUUUUUCUAUGUUCUCUGAUCUCUGAAAGAAAGCAUUUUAUUUGGUGAUUACUCAACCAUUAUUUCUGCCUUUUAUUUCACUUUAAAGUGUUAGAAACUGCUGAACAUGGAAUUUAAAUAACAAAAUUGAAUUAAAUUAAAAAUUUAAUGUCCAGAAGAUAAGUAAAUAUGUAAUCUGUUGUGUUUGGGCAGAGAAAAUGUACUGAAAACUCACCCUUAAUCAAAAUAUUGGAAAUCUAAGCUUACUGUAAAUAACUAGAAGCACUUUACUCACCCAAAUCUGUGUGGAUUAAUAUCCAGCACUUGUUUGACAAGUUGUUUUAAGAAUUACAGUUUUGUUUACUUAUGCGCUUCCCCCAGCUUCCCCAUUAGAAGGGAAACAUGGCGACACCCUUCACUUAAUGUGCCUCAAUAUAAUCCUGUGCACCUCAUUUAUUCAUUAUGAAUUUUGUCCAGUUUUUCUUCCUGCUUUUUAGCUGCCUGGAACUGAAGCCAUGAAAGCACAGCGGGAUUGUGCCUCAAUCUUGGUCAAAUAUAAUUAAAUAAAAGUUAAGUUCAUUAAAGAAAGUAAUAUUAAUAAAGGAGAGGUUGAUUUUGUUGUUCUAGUUUGCUGUUUUUCAUUAUCACUGAAACUGCAGCUGCACUGAUUCUCAGUUAUAAAAUAAAAAAGGAUAAAGAAAGAUUUAGAACAUGUUCUGUUCAGUAAUGGCUUUGACUGAUGUUAUAAUGUGGAGCUUAAUACACAUUUUCAUUGUGUUUAUUUCAUAUUUUGCAA